CCUGGAGGCACAGCUUCAUAUUGGUUUUGUUGCAGUAAGGACAUACAUUUAACAAUGUUCAGUGAAACACAUUCAGGAAUCACAUCAAAACAGUUACAGGUAACUACAGUAUUCAAACAAGAAGAUAGGUGUCCAGAAUGUGGACCAAACCAGGUGACUUAUAGAAUUCCAGCUCUCAUAUAUAUCCAUGAAAAUCAAACAUACAUUGCCUUUGCUGAGAAACGGAAAACACCAAAUGACACUGAUGCAGAUGUCCUAGUGAUGAGAAGAGGAAUGUGGAAUGAUGGACAGGUUGAGUGGGACAAUAAUCACGCAGUGGUUUUUUCGGCUUGUCUACCAAACCACCGCAGCAUGAACCCAUGUCCGGUCUACGAGAAAAAAAGCAAGAUCCUGUUUUUGUUUUUCAUCACGGUUCCAGUUGGAGUUUCUGAACAAGCCCAAAUAAAGGAAAAUAAAAAUCAAGCACGACUUUGUUAUGUAACCAGCAAGGACACUGGCAUUACCUGGAGCCAUAUCACGGAUUUGACGACAGAUGUGAUCAGCUACAAAGUAAAAGACUGGGCCACCUUUGCUGUCGGGCCAGGGCAUGGUAUCCAAACACAGAGUGGGAGAUUGAUCAUCCCCGCCUAUGCGUAUCAUUGCCAUCCCACUCAUAAGCCCACACCAUAUGCAUUUGCGCUUUACAGUGAUGACCAUGGAAGCUCUUGGCAUGUUGGAGAACAUAUGUCUGAUGAGUCUUGCGAGUGUGAGAUGGCCGAGAUCAUAGACCAUGAGGGUAAACACCAUCUAUACUGCAAUGCUCGUAGUCGAUCCAGUCACAGAGUUGAGGCUCUGAGCAAGAGCAUCGGACAAGUCUUUGACAACCCUUCAUCUGCACGUAAGCUGUCUGAGACCGGAUACGGUUGCCAAGGUAGCGUGUUAAGUUUUGCCCCUGAUAAAAUAUCUGAAAACACGUGGCUGAUGUACUGUCAUCCAACCAAUCCACACCAGAGAAGGUCCCUUGGUAUCUAUUUGAAUAAAACACCAUGGGAUGCUUCAGGAUGGGAGGAACUUAAAAUGAUACUCCAUCACGGUCCCAGUGGAUACUCUGAUCUGGCUCAGUGUGGAGAUGGAGGGUAUUUUGCUUGUCUCAUGGAGUGUGGAGAGAGAAGGGAGGAUGAAGAAGUGGGCUUGGUCAUUUUUAAACUAUCUGAUGUCAUUCAGGCCAAGCAUGCUGAAUAAUGUUGAAAAAAGCAUUCUAAAAAUGU